GCGGGAGGGGGCGGAGAUACGCCGUUCCUCCGCCGUCCUGGCAUUCUGACUCCGCUCCCGCCGGGGCUCCAUCUUCGUCUCCUCUCCCGGGAUGGCGACGGCCUUCGUCAACAAGUGCGCGUGAGCGGCGCUCGAGUGUGAUGGAGGUGGCGCUGGUGAGCCUGCAGGAGAACGGAGGCGCCAACAAUGGAGAGCAGCAGCAGCUCCGGUCGGGGCUCGUGGAUGAGCUGGGCAAGGAAGUGAACGCUCCACUUCACCACCGUCACCAUCUUCAUCAUCCUCCUCCUCCUCCUCCUCUUCCUCCGCCGCCGCCUCCCGCGUGGAGGAUCAACGACAUGAACAGCGCACUGAGCUGCAGCGAGAACGCCAUGGACGCGCUGCUGCGCGCCGACCACAGCCCGCACGUGUUCGACGACGAGCUCCUGGACCUGGACUUGGACUCGGACAGCAACGAGCGCGUGCUCAUCAACAUCGCCGGCCUCCGCUACGAGACCCAGCUGGGGACCCUCAACCAGUUCCCGGACACGCUGCUCGGGGACCCCGCAAAGAGGAUCAAGUACUUCGACCCGCUGCGCAACGAGUACUUCUUCGACCGCAACCGCCCCAGCUUCGACGGCAUCCUCUACUUCUACCAGUCGGGCGGCAAGAUCCGCAGACCGGUCAACGUGUCGAUCGACGUGUUCGCGGACGAGAUCCGCUUCUACCAGCUGGGCGAGGAGGCCAUGGAGCGCUUCCGCGAGGACGAAGGCUUCAUCAAGGAGGAGGAGAAGCCGCUGCCGCGCAACGAGUUCCAGAAGCAGGUGUGGCUGAUCUUCGAGUACCCGGAGAGCUCCAGCCCGGCGCGCGGCAUCGCCAUCGUGUCGGUGCUGGUCAUCACCAUCUCCAUCAUCACCUUCUGCCUGGAGACGCUGCCCGAGUUCCGCGACGAGCGCGAGCUGCCGACGGCCGGCCGGCCCGGCAACGGCACGGCGGCGCGGCCCCCGCUGGCCUUCGCCGACCCCUUCUUCAUCGUGGAGACCACCUGCGUCAUCUGGUUCACCUUCGAGCUCUUCGUGCGCUUCUUCGCCUGCCCCAGCAAGUCCGAGUUCUCCAAAACGGUGAUGAACAUCAUCGACAUCAUGUCCAUCAUGCCCUACUUCAUCACGCUGGGCACCGAGCUGGCCGAGCAGGGCCAGGAGCACCAGAACGGCCAGCAGGCCAUGUCGCUGGCCAUCCUGCGCGUCAUCCGGCUGGUGCGCGUCUUCCGCAUCUUCAAGCUGUCGCGCCACUCCAAAGGUCUGCAGAUCCUGGGCCAGACGCUCAAGGCCAGCAUGCGCGAGCUGGGCCUGCUCAUCUUCUUCCUCUUCAUCGGCGUCAUCCUCUUCUCCAGCGCCGUCUACUUCGCCGAGGCCGACGAGCCCGAGUCGCACUUCUCCAGCAUCCCCGACGCCUUCUGGUGGGCCGUGGUCACCAUGACCACGGUGGGCUACGGCGACAUGCGCCCCGUGACGGUGGGCGGCAAGAUCGUGGGCUCGCUGUGCGCCAUCGCCGGCGUGCUGACCAUCGCGCUGCCCGUGCCCGUCAUCGUCUCCAACUUCAACUACUUCUACCACCGCGAGACCGACCAGGACCAGUCGUCGCUCAAGGACGAGCCGGCGCCGCCCGAAGGCAAGGCGGGCGCGCCGGGCCCCGAAGAGAGGAAGGAGUCGUCGGGGGCGCCGGACAAGAGCGACGUCAAGGCCAACAGCGGCCUGGACCUGAAAACCUCUCUCUACGCCUUCUGCCUCGACACGCGGGAAACCGACUUGUAGGGGACCCGCGACGACUGGACUCCUUCCCAAGACGCGUUUCGGGCCUCGCGCUUUGCUUUGGACGCGUGAGCCGCUCGACGGGACUCGAAGCAGGUCAGUGCCUCCUCCGAACCGCCCCGAGCGGAACGGGACGCGCACCUCGGCCCCCGCGUCCUGCGAUGACUUUCGCGUCAAUUCACGGCAUCGCCCACGCCCGGGCCCGCCUUUCGCACUCCUUGACGCGACAGAUGGAUACGCGCCGAUCACGUGCCGUCACGUGUUCGGCGACGCGCGAUCGCAAGCGCACCUCCUUCAGCGUUCACCUCAAACGGACGACCCAAGAAGCGCGGAGGGCGGCCAAACGCGCUGGCGGCGGCGGCGAGCGAGCGAGCGAGCGCCCUCGAGGCCUCGCGUGGCGUCGGGAGAUUAGAAAACUUCAAAAUAUCUCGUCAAAGCUGUUGACUGAUGGACGUCUCGUUUGACUGCUGACGCUAAAACCGCGCGGGCUUAAAUCCAUCACUUUAUUUCCGUAAUCUCCACGCUGUGCACGUCAUUGACAGAAACGCACAAACAUCUCGCGUCGCGUUCCAUGACUGGAAUCGAGAGGAGCGAUUGCGGACUUGGUCGGGCGCUCCUGUCAGGGUUAGCAAAGGACUGGAAGCGCUCGAGUCCGCGAGGAGGAAGUUACAUAACACGCGCACGCGGUCCUCAGCUGCGACCUCGUUGCUGCUGGGGGCGCAAGAUCCCACUUGAGAAAAUGGAGGACAACCGCUACUUGAUGACGCCGUGACGUCGCCAAACCUCUGGAUGGUGACUAGGGAGCGUUUCAAAUCGAGCAUUCCGAUUGAAAUAACGUUUGCGCAAAGAGCGCGUUUGCGCCCAUUUAACGAGCGCGUCCGGACGCGCCUUCACUCGCCAAGGCGGCCCGUGGUUCAGCCGGCUUUUGUCCCGGAACCUCCGAGCAAAAAAAAAAAAACGGCAUUCUUCGCUGAGGCUGAAUUUGUUGCCUAACCAGUGGAUGACGCUCAUCGGGCAGAAAGGAACUCAGUCGAGGUCACGUUUGGCCAAAAUGGGAACGAGCCGGGGGACGGGCCGCGCGACCGCAAGUGCAUGCAAAGAAAGAAAGAAAGAAAGAAAGAAACGGAGUGAGCGAGUCGGUCACGUUCCGUCCAGCCUGCGGCGGGCAGGCUCGUCAUCGGCGUCACGUGACCCGCCGGCGCCCCCCGGCGCUCGGCAAUGAUGGCGAGCGCUUCCGUGUGACGUCCGCGCCGCUUUGCGUCCUCCUCUUCCGCUCCUCUGAUCCUUUUCUUGCUUCUGCUUUUUAGCACACACGCCCGCGGCGCAAAAACAACGUGGACGCUAAAACGGCCAGAAUCGCCACCUGGUCUGACCAGAGCGGACAAUCUGCGACAAAACGCAUCCGGUCACCAACCGCGGCCCGCCUGCCGACCAAAACCCCCCCCCCACCCCGGCUGUUUCCAUUGAGAAACGACAGCCGGGUUGGCAAUUAUUCACUUGUGCGUGCGUGUCAUUCGUCGCGCGAGUGGGCAUUUGGUCGGUGGGCGCGACAAACGCAAGCUAGCGGCCGCCGGGCUAAAGCGUUCGCUCCCUCCGAGAUGGUUUCCGAUUAGCGAGUCCGCAUCGGAACGUUCGCUCCGCUGAAGUGAAAAAGUAUUUGGCCACUUUUCAAAGAUCACAAAUAUAACAUCUGUGGACCAUCCAUUCAAAUACAGAAAUAAAAAUAAACACGAUAACAUUCAGUUCCAAAAAGCGAGCCACGCCACAAUUGCCCAAAGUGAGUCACUGCACUCUGAUGCCACAAAAUGGCGGCAAAGUACUAGUUCCGAUAAAAAAACUGACUAAUUGAAGCUCCUCCGCUUCACUUCAACCAACUUGCCACAGGACGUCCCGAGAGCGAGAUUUUCCAUUCGACGAGGCUUUGGCUUGAGCGCAAAAGCAGCAAACCAGUUUUUCAUGCAAUCACAGAGGAUUGGAUCCAAAAGCCUAAAAAGAGCAAAUCCGGGUCUUUGUUGGAUGCCGAAGCGCCACGGCGCCGGACUCUGUGCUCGUGCCCUCCGGGGUUCGAAACUAGUUUUCAUUUGAGUGAAAAGUGGUCGCACAAUAUUUCAUGGAUCACCUUCAGUACUCAAGUCAACAAAUAUAGGUUAGGUUUCCCAGAGGUAUUUUCAAAAGGAAAUUUUAGGGAACUGUUGACGUUCGUGAUCUUUAAAAAAAAAAAAAA